CCCUCCAUCUUCUCCCUCAUCGAUACUUAUCCUGCCUCGUGCUUGCUCACCGACUCGAUAGAUUGUAUCUUCAACGAGGGCGAUUUACUCACACCAGUAGACGACAAGACAUCGCCUUGUCCUUGUAUCCCGCCGGCCUCUCCUUGUCGCUCAUUACAACUCAACGGAUUCGCCGCGCCCCUCGACAUUUCAGGUAUCGCUCCGAGUCCGCCUCAUCACGUCACCGCCCGAUAUCAGCAACAUUAUCGCAAGCAUUCUUCCACUCUCCUCGAUUCCAUUUCAACGAAACUCUGCCAUAUAAGUCUAUGUUUGAUUACGAAGAGAGUCCUCCGCCACUACAUCACUCGCCGUCUCCGAGUGAUCGGUCGCAAUUCACGUCUAGAGAUACCACUCCCGUUACACCGGUUGACAGCGGUCCCUCUUUUGGGCGAGCAUUCGGCAAGAAGCCAGAGAAAACCGUUCUUCCCUGGUUCAAGAAGCCGAUUGACGUUGGACGUACUACUACGAGACUCUGCCUCGACAACUCCUUACUCGAGCCCGACUUCGACGAUAAUACCUUCCCGACCUUCGGCGCAUCGCCACCUAUCCGGGGCAUGGCGAGCGUAGCCAACCCUCUCGACGUCUCGACACGACAAACAUCGACCUCGCCACGUGGUAAUCAGCCGUCGAACCUGACUUCGGCCUUGCAGAGAAGCGACAGUGAAGAAAAGAGAAGGAUGGCGAACGCUCCGGCAGAGACCGCCUUCAACCGACCGAUGCCCCAGAUGCCCUCUAACGCUUCCGAUGACUUUGCAAAGUUCGAACGUGGGGCACGGCCGAUUGCGAUGAAGGGUGCUCAUAAUGACAGACAGGCCCGACGAGAGAGUAUUGCCCAAAGCAUUAAUGCAGGCAUGAGUUGGGGAGGGAUUUCAGUCGGAAGCUGGAUUAGAGAUGAUAUGAUGAUGUCUGGAACAUCCCCCUUUGCCUUCAAUUCCCCCUCUUUCCAAUCCGCGUCCUACCUUCCUAAGCUGGAGGCCAAUUUCAUGAAGGAUUUCUCAUGUUGUGGCCUUACACUACCUACUCUGCAUGAUCUGCUCCAACACUAUGAAGAAGCCCAUGCGCAGAAAGACCCUUCCGGAAAUGAGCAUCAGCACCCUGUUCCCGACAGCCGGGCGGCCCUCGCUGCCACGACUGCGGCCCAAGUUCAACAAGAAGCUCAACAGCGAAGCCAACAGCAGCAUCCUCAAAAUACCCCUGGCCGGCCAUUUGGAUCGCAACCAUCUGCAUCGCAGAACCCUUCACGACAGACGGGCUUUGCAAGCACACUGCAGACGAUUCCUGACAUGGAUACGGUUGAAGAUAUGGAGAUGGACGACAUUGACGGCACCGACGAGACAACUCCGCCGCCCAACAUGUAUACGUCCAACCAGUCGCAAGCCUCCCCACAAACCUCUUUCAAUGCUACGGCACAGCCGCAAAUUCCUCAAUUGAACACAUCAAUGAUGCAAGGACAUCAAGCAUUCCGUCAAUCCACGCCUAGCACGCCUGUGGCUUCGGGUCGGCCAAAUGCCGCAUUUCAGGGCAACAAUGUCUCGUCCACCCUCAUGGCCAACCCAAUGCAGCAGUUCCAAGACUUGCAGAAUCCUUAUCGCGGGACCCCGGACUCUUCGGCGCCUGGUACGCCCGGAGAAUUGGACGAUGGUCUCAUGAACGGUAUGGACGACAUGUCCAUGUCGAAUAACCUGUACAGCAAUAUGCCCAAUGGAUUUGGUGGUUUUGGGUUCGGCAUGAACAGUGACAUGAUUGAUCUUUGCAUUGACGAGCCUGCCAAACGGCUAUUCUCUCACGGGACUCAGGGCAUGCAGUCGCAAAACGUGAUUCACAACCGACUGGGCUCUGGCCAAUACGGCGCAGAUAGUGAAAUUGCCCGAACGAUCCGUGAGCGGCAAGCCGCGGCUGGCCUGCCAGACACCACAACUAAUAUUCUUCCCCAUGAAGAACCGAAGCCUUUCCGGUGCCCUGUGAUUGGUUGUGAGAAGGCUUACAAGAAUCAAAAUGGUCUUAAGUAUCACAAAACACAUGGUCAUAACAAUCAGCGACUGCAUGAGAACGGCGAUGGCACUUUCUCGAUCGUCGACCCCGAUACACAAGCACCCUACCCUGGCACUAUGGGCAUGGAGAAAGAGAAGCCAUACAAGUGUGAGGUUUGCCAAAAGCGAUACAAGAACUUGAACGGGCUCAAAUACCACAAGCAACACUCUCCUCCAUGCAAUCCGGAAAUGCAGUUGAAUGCGAACAAGAGCCCGACCAUGGCCAUGCCCAACAUGAUGGGCAACGCUGGGAAUAUGGGAGCUGGUCUCUCCGCUGGUGGAGAUAUCAACAUGAUGUGACACAAGACAUGAUACCCCAGACGACUCCAGUCAUGAACAUAUUCUGCUUCACUUCCUCCAAGCAGCACGACUUCGGUGGUGAGAAAUGCUCUGGAUUACUACUCUGAUUAUUACCUUUAAUGAUGCACCACGGCAACCCUUCGGAUUUACAGCAUCCGAAAGCACCACGAAGAUGGUCUGACGGGUGCUCUCAGUCGAAGCGGUCAACGCUACGAAUGUUCCAUGUUUUGUUUACGGCCACACGGAAAGAAGAUAGAAGAGCAGUCUGCGUUUUGCGAAAAGUCGAUUUUUACGGGACGGGGAAUGGUUUGGGUUUUUACAAAAGGACUUCAAGAGCUUCUGAUAAAGGUGGGCCACUGUUUGAGCCCGAGGCGUUCAGGACCAGCUGUAGCAAUUUUUCUCAUGGGUGGAUUUGUGAAGAACGGACAAAGCGUCUAUUAUCUGAGGUUUCAAGGAAUGAACGAACGGCUAGAAAGGUCCCUUGUGAAAUGGUAUGUACAGGAACUUUUGGAUGCGACUGGAGCCAUAACCCAGGGCUGGAAAAUGUUGUUGUUACUGCUAUUAUCGCCUAGAUGUCCACUCUUGCGCGUAUUUACUGCACAUAUUCAAUGAAUUGGUUGUGGUCGAACU